AUGACAUUGAAAACCGCCUCAACAACCACCAACACAACCAUCACAAUAACCGAAACCAACCCCAAAGAAUCAGUUCCUCCCAGAACCUCGCCUUUAACCCAAAUCCUCCACCACAGCCAUGUAACAACAGACUUCGACCCGCACCGCUUCCAAGCAGCCGCAGCCCAACAAUUACAACCCCGACGAAAAUCCCAAGAAACAGAUACUCGCCUCAUCACCUCACCCUACAACAGCGCCACCCACCUACUGGAUAUAUCGAAAUUGGAACAACAAGACCGCCUCCUCGCAUUGGCAUUGACAUAUCUGAAGCCCACGCGGGCCGACUAUGCCACGGCGCCAUAUACAGAGUCCUUCAAUUGGACGGAAGUAUUCGAGUUGUUGAAGGCAUUCUCCGAGUCGGAGGACCUUACGUGGAAGAGACGUUCCUAUUAUGUUGUUAUUUUCCGGUCUACACUGUUGCCGGAUGUUGAUUCGGAUUAUUUGUAUGCGCUUGAUGCGCAUUCACAUCGGGAGGCUAUGGCUAGUGGAGGUUUGUUAAAGUAUUGGUUUGGGGCUAAGGAUGAGCUCGGGAGGAAUUUGGCCACUUGUAUUUGGCGGAAUCAGGAUGAUGCUAGACUUGGUGGUCGGGGGCCGUGGCAUGCUCGUGCGAGAGCUGCUGCGUCAGUUGUUUAUGAACAGAUCUUGUUCACGACGCUGUGGUUAAGUAUUGGGGAUGGGGUUGGAUCGUGGGAUCUGAGUGAUUGGAAAGAGAAUGCAGCUUGA